GAGUAAUAAGUAGAAUAUCUAUCAAUUAUCGAGUGUUAUUAAUAUGUUAAUGUGUUAUUAAUUGACUAGUCUUAUUUGUAAUUUGUAAAUAUAUUCUUCAUUUCGGUGUAAACAAAAAAUUAUAUGUUAUUACUGAUUAUUGCUGAUUAGUAUAUUAUUUCCGUAAUACGCAAUAUCAUUAUAAAUUAUUAUACUAUAUAGUACCUACCUAUUAAUGCUCAAUAUUAGAUUUAGUUCUGUUUACGGUUAUUAAAAUCAAAAACAUCUCUCAAGUGUGGAGUAAUUACCAAAUUAAAUUUGGUAUUUAUGAAAUCAUCAAGGUUAUAAAUACAAACAGAUAAAACAAUUUUAAUGGAUCCAUCAGUUUUAACAACAUUAAAAAUUUUAUUAAUUGGUCAAAGCGGAGUAGGAAAAUCAUGUUUGUUAUGCAGAUUUACAGAUGACACAUUUAAUGAGGAUAAUGCAGUUACUAUUGGUGUAGAUUUUAAAAUGAGAAAAAUAACUGUUGAUAAUAAUAAUAUUAAGCUAGCCUUAUGGGAUACAGCUGGACAAGAAAGAUUUCGUACUCUGACUCCAAAUUAUUACCGCGAUGGUCAAGGUGCAGUACUUGUUUAUGAUGUUUCAAACCGCGAUUCAUUUACAUGCUUAGAAACAUGGAUUAAUGAACUUAAUAGAUACUCUACCAAAACCAAUAUUAUUAAAAUGGUUGUUGGUAACAAAAUUGAUCGGGAAAGACAAGUCACGCGAGAAGAAGGAAUUGCUUUUGCUCGUCGUCAUCAAACAUUAUUUAUUGAAACUAGUGCUAAAACAAAAGAAGGAGUGUAUAUGGCUUUUGAAGAAUUAGUUAGAAAAAUAAUAAAUACACCAAGCUUAUGGGAAAAGCUCGAAGAUGCCAAUGUUGUUCGAUGCAAUGAUGAUCAUUCAGUAUCGGAAGAAAAAUAUUGUUAUUGUUAACUAUUUAAUCAUAUAAAUAUAUAUGAAAGGUUAUUUUGUUUUAAUUUAUAAGUAGGCUAAUACUUUGUAAGUAUAUGAAAUAUGCUGCAGAUGAGUCCAUAUACUUAUAAAUAUAAUUAGAAAAUUUUUGUUAUGUAUUAUUGCACUUUAAAAUAAUUUUUAAGGUUAUAUUUUUGGUUGUAAACACUCAUAUAAUUAUUAAACUACUAUGGAUUACUAAUUUAUUAAAAUGUAUUAUUAUUUUAUAUCAUUAAUAUUAAUUUAUUCCAUUGAGAUUUAUUUUACAGUGAUUAUCUUAGUUUUCCAUGAAUUUAUAAAUUAUUUAUUAAUUAAGUUGAGAAAUAAUUCUUUUUUUAUUAUUCUAAUUACAAUACCUAACAUAACAAUAAGUUAAUUUGAUUAAUUAAUUUAUAUCACAAGAUAUGAACUACACAAUGAGGAAAUCUAGAAAUUCCAUUUGUUAUUUAGUAUGUGUGUUGGCUUUUUGGGAUUGGGAGUAUGAUAAUAGUAGAUGAGUUGUAGAGUAAUUUAUGAAACCAUAACUGUUUGUUUGGUAUUAAAUGAUUAUCUGAAAGGGUAGUCUUUUCAAGUGUACUUUUACUUUCACUUAUCAGUUAUAUUUGAAUUUUUCAAUGUCGACAGGCUUAUUAGUUAAGAACAAUCUAGAGCUAAUAGCUAUAUCGCCUGCAGUAAAAAUCAAUUGAAGUUAUAAAUCACUGUAUUAUAUUUAUAUAUUUAUAAUAUUAACAAUUUAAAUGUAUAUUUGUAAUUUUUACUUUUUCUAAAUCAACAAAAACAUUAAUAAUGUUUAAAUUAAUGGAUAUUUAAUUUUACAUUGUAAUUAUGUUUAUGUGAUGAUAUUAUAAAUAUAUAAUAUGUUUUUGUCAA